AUGAGCGACCUGGACAAAGCUAUAGCACAACUGCGAGCAUGUCGACCUAUACCAGAGGCGCAAGUGCGAGAGCUGUGCUACAAGGCACGUGAGCUGCUCAUCGAAGAGGGAAACGUGGUCAGCGUCGAUGCGCCCGUAACGAUAUGCGGAGACAUACACGGCCAAUUCCACGAUCUGAUGGAGCUCUUCAGAGUAGGUGGCGAUGUUCCGGACACAAAUUACCUCUUCAUGGGCGACUUUGUCGACCGUGGUUUCUACAGCCUCGAGUCGUUUCUCCUCCUUCUCUGCCUCAAAGUGCGCUACCCAGACCGCAUCACACUCAUACGAGGCAAUCACGAAUCACGACAGAUCACGACAGUAUACGGCUUUUACGACGAAUGCUUACGGAAAUAUGGAAGCGCGAACGUGUGGAGGUAUUGCUGCGAGGUCUUCGACUACCUAGCACUUGGUGCGCUUGUGAUGGGCGCUGCCACAGAUCUCCAGCCCACAGAAGCUGCGUUUGCAGAUCCUACACAACAGCACAAUGAAGCCGAUGAGAUCGAAAUCGAAAUCUUGAACUCGCAAGGACAGAUCAUCAACCGCUUCCCGCGAGCGAGGUCUUCAACACAGGAUGUUUCGCAACUAUCAAAUCCUCCUUCGUCGCCGUCACAAUCGCAAGACCAAACGCCAUCGCGAAAUGGACCGCCUGGGACCGGCGCAUCUGGCGCGAGCAGGGGAGGAGGCUCCGGAAAUGGUGGCGGCGCAGUGCUGUGUGUACACGGCGGCCUCAGUCCGCUCAUAGACAGCAUCGACAAGAUCCGGCUACUGGACCGCAAACAGGAAGUGCCACACGAAGGUGCCAUGUGCGAUCUGCUCUGGUCAGAUCCGGACGAAAUUGACGGCUGGGGUCUCUCACCACGUGGUGCAGGCUUCCUCUUCGGCGCCGACAUCGUGAAAUGUUUCAACCAUAAGAACGACCUCAGUCUGAUAUGUCGUGCGCAUCAGCUGGUCAUGGAAGGUUUCAAGGAGAUGUUUGACAGCACCAUCGUGACAGUGUGGUCAGCACCCAACUACUGCUACCGCUGCGGGAAUGUGGCGGCAAUACUGGAGUUGGGUGAAGAUGGCUCGAAUGCAGGCUAUGCGCCGCGUGCGAAUGGAGAUGCCAACCGCUCGAAUGGCGUACUUUCAGAGCGUGUGGAGAACAAGAUGGGACCUGGAAGGAGGUAUCGCGUGUUUGAUGCGGCGCCGCAGGACAGUCGAGGCAUGCCGGCGAAGAAGCCGGUGGCUGAUUACUUCCUUUGA